CUCACAACUGAGGUCAGCAUGACAUCCCCGUGGGCUUCGUGGGUGAAAGGCCUGCGUGAGAGCCACCGCUGAACGCACGCAGGGAGGAGACGGCUCGCUAGGGCACAGGGGCGACACACGGGGCCGGCCGCGCUCGAGUCGACGAAACAAGGAACAGCACCGGCUCGCCCUCCUUCCUCUCCCCCCGACCCCUCCCCGCGCGAGCGAGCCAACAAGUGCGCGCCAUUUGCCGCACGCGAAUCAUCCCGUCCAAAAGCCCCCCCCCAGCAGAGACAACAAAGCGUGAUUCGGUUGCACCGGAGCACCACUAAAGGCGCAACAGAAGUAACCAUCGACUCCAGAGUGUGGUCCGGUCCGCGAGCGUAGGAAAUAGUGGAGCAGAAAGAGAAAGAGAAAUAUAAGGAGGAGGAGAAGAGAGAGGGAUCCGUUUCUCGCUCACCGAUCUUGCUCGAAUGAGAUGAAAUCAAAAACAAAUGGGACUGGAACCUCUCAAGCAGCUCAAAAGACGAAUGUUCUUCAAGGUGAGGGCCCAAAUUGGGUAUUUGUUGUAGGUGGUGCCUUGUUGAGCACACUUUCAAUUAAGCUUGGAUGCCAACUGAAACGGGCCUUUGAUAACAAACGACAUGAUGAGGCAAACAAAGAAAAUAGAAAAUCUACUGCUGACAGAAGAUCAAGAGCUUGCAAUUUGCAUAAUCUCUAUCACUUUGCUCAAGAUGAGGAUAAUCAUUAUCACUUUCUUUCGGAAACUUCAAGAGUUGGAGUAGAUGCCAAGCGACCCAAAAGUCCAAUAGUAAUGGAAGCAGAUCUCUCUCUUCCACUGGUGAAAAUCCCAGCCACCGAAACCAACAAAGUUGUCGAGGACAUAAUGCGAGCAUCAUCGCUUGAUCGCCUGGAGCUCCCCUGGAAGCCAUUCCACCACUCAAACUGCUCAGACUCAUGCAUCUCAGAGUCUGGAUCUGACGUCUACAGCAAGAGAGAACUGAUACAAAAACUACGCCAACAGCUGAAGCAACGAGAUGAAAUGAUCAUGGAGAUGCAGACCCAGAUUACAGAUGUGCAGAAUUCUUUGCAUAUUCAAAGGGCCCAAACUGCACAUCUUCAGAGCCAGCUCGAUUCUGCCAAUAAAGACUUGUUCAAUUCUGAGAGAGAGGUCCGCCGAUUAAGAAAGGUUAUCACCGACCAUCAUGUUGCGGAGGUGACCUCUCCCGACAAGCUCGUAGUGGCAGGAAACUGGCAUCCAGAAUCUGCAAAUGGGCUGGCAAAUGGCUAUGCUGAUAGCGUCAAUGAUUUGGAGUUGCAUCGUGUUGGAGUGGACAAAAGAGAAAUAGAUGUUGAGAAAGUUGGGAUGUUGAAGAGAGAGGUAAGCGAACUGAAGGAGGUAAUUGAAGGAAAAGAUUUCCUGCUCCAGAGCUACAAGGAUCAGAAGGUUGAGUUUUGCUCGAAGAUCAAGGAGUUGCAGCUAAAACUAGCUUCGCAAGUACCGAACAUAUUGUAAUUCUUUUCUUUUCUUUCUUUCUUUUUUUUUCCCUUUUUUCUGCUCCACAAGCUCUUCCUUCGUCGAUGUUGUCUGAAAUGUAGUGUUUGUACAGGUUUUGGUAUCUGGGUUUGCUUUCCUUUUAUCCUUUUAUUUUUCUAAUUCAACCUGUUUUGCAUGAGAGAUCUUUAUAUUGUUUGGUCAAGGCAAGUCAUUGAUGAUGUUCUUUUCCA